AUGGACAUAGACGUGGACGUGGACGUGGACGUGGACGUGGACAUAGACGUGGACGUGGACGUGGACGUGGACGUGGACAUAGACGUGGACGUGGACGUGGACGUGGACGUGGACGUGGAGGACGUGGAUGUGGACGUGGACGUGGACGUGGACGUGGAGAACUUGGACGUCGACAUGGACGUGAACGUGGACGUGGACGUGGACGUGGACGUGGACGUGGAGAACUUGGACGUGGACAUGGACGUGAACGUGGACGUGGACGUGGACGUGGAGGACUUGGACGUGGACAUGGACAUGGACGUGGACGUGGACGUGGACAUGGACGUGGAGAUGGACGUGGACGUGGACGUGGACAUGGACAUGGACGUGGACGUAGACGUGGACGUGGACGUGGACAUGGACGUGGACGUGGACGUGGACGUGGACGUGGAGGACGUGGACGUGGACGUGGACGUGGAGAACUUGGACGUGGACAUGGACGUGAACGUGGACGUGGACGUGGAGGACUUGGACGUGGACAUGGAUGUGGACGUGGACGUGGACAUGGACGUGGACGUGGACAUGGACGUGGACGUGAACGUUGACGUGGACAUGGAAGUGGACGUGGACGUGGACGUGGACAUGGACAUAGACAUGGACGUGGAGGUGGACGUGGACGUGGACAUAGACGUGGACGUGGACGUGGACGUGGACAUGGUAGUGGACGUGGACAUGGUCGUGGACGUGGACGUGGACGUGGACGUGGACGUGGACGUGGACAUGGACGUGGACGUGAACAAGACGUGGACGUGA